AUGCCUUCUGAAGUGCGUGUUCGGUCAGUCGAGGUGCUUGGUCAUAUGUCGAUCUCGCUUGCCGCGGGUCAAUCGGCCAACUACGAUCGGAGAGGAAUUGGGGUGUGGAGAGACUGCAAACUUGAAGAGGUGCAAUUGGAUAACAAAAAACAGUGCCGGCUUUUUGAGUUGCUAGCGCUAUGUGGAAUGCUCAUUGAUCACAACUGGACGGAAAUACUGAAGAGAAGGGAGCUAUAUAGGGAUGCAUUUGCAAAAUUUGAUUAUAAUGUUGUUGCAAAAAUGGAGGAAAAUGAUGUAAUGGUCAUUGGUUCAAACAAGGCACUCAACUUAGCUGAGAACAGAGUUAGGUGCAUAAUUGACAAUGCGAAGUGUAUACAGAAGGUUGCGAAGGAGUUUGGAUCAUUUGGUGGAUACAUGUGGGGUCAAGUGAAUCACAAACCAAUGGUUAAUAAAUACAAAUACCCAAAAAGUAUUCCUCUCAGGACUCCAAAGGCAGAAGCAAUAAGCAAAGAUUUGGUGAGGAGAGGAUUUCGGUUGGUUGGUCCUGUAAUCGUUUAUUCCUUCAUGCAGGCUGCAGGAAUGUCAGUUGACCACAUUGUUGACUGCUUUAGAUUUGGAGAAUGUGUGAGGAUGGCUGAGAGAGCAUGGGGACUGACAAAUAUGACUGCCUAGUUAUUCAUUAUGAUUUUCUAUUUCUUUUCUUAAUUAUCUAUGUUUUUGAAUCGAUUUGUAUAUGUUAUGAAAUGUGUGAAGUGUGUUGUCAUGUAAUAAUAUUUAUGG